AUGACCCAACGAUCUUCUGUCACCAUCAAGUCAGGAGGCACUCGGAACUUCAGUGCUUCCUCGGCCAGCCUCCUCCCAGGCUGCCGGCCCAGCUUCAGCUCUUUCUCUGUGUCCCAGGGUGGAAAGAGCUUUGGGGGCAGCUUUGGGGGUGGCUUCGGGACGAGGAGCCUCCACAGCUUUGGGGGUAGCAAGAGAAUCUCCAUCAGUGGAAGCUACCGCUCCAACCGGGCCGGCGGUGGGGGUGCUAGCUAUGGGCUGGGUAUCGGAGGCAUGGGCUACAGGGUUGGGGGAGCCUUCGGUGGGUAUGGAUUUGGAGGCGGGAUGAUGCCCGGCUCUGGGGGCAUCCAGGAGGUCACGGUCAACCAAAGCCUCCUGACCCCCCUCCACCUGGAGAUAGAUCCCUCUCUCCAACGGGUGAGAAAGGAGGAGAAGGAACAGAUCAAGACCCUCAACAAUAAGUUCGCCUCCUUCAUUGACAAGGUGCGGUUCUUGGAGCAGCAGAACAAGGUCCUGGAGACCAAAUGGAGCCUCCUGCAGGAGCAUAAAAUCACCAGGGCCAAUAUUGAGCCCAUGUUUGAAGCCUACAUCAGCAACCUGAGGCGGCAGCUGGACUGCCUGGGUGGAGAACGGGUGCGGCUGGAGACGGAGCUCAAGAACAUGCAGGAUGUGGUGGAAGACUUCAAGAACAAGUACGAAGAAGAAAUCAACAGGCGCACAGUGGCAGAGAAUGAGUUUGUGGUUCUCAAGAAGGACGUGGAUGCUGCCUACAUGAACAAGGUGGAGCUGGAGGCCAAAGUGGAUGCCUUAAUGGAUGAAAUUAACUUCCUGAGAGCUUUCUAUGAUGCGGAGCUGGCUCAGCUUCAGGCCCAGGUCUCAGAAACCUCUGUGGUCCUGUCCAUGGACAACAACCGCAAGCUGGACCUGGACAGCAUCAUCUCUGAGGUCAAGGCCCAAUAUGAAGACAUCGCCAACCGCAGCCGGGCUGAGGCCGAGUCCUGGUACCAGAUCAAGUAUGAGGAGCUGCAGCGGUCUGCUGGCCGCCAUGGCGACGACCUCCGCACCACUAAGAUGGAGAUCUCUGAGCUGAACCGCGUGAUGCAGAGGCUGCGCUCUGAGAUCGAUAACGUGAAGAAGCAGUGUACCACACUCCAGAACGCAAUCGCUGAUGCUGAGCAGCGCGGGGAGCUGGCCCUCAAGGACGCCAAGCACAAGCUGGCUGAGCUGGAGGACGCCCUUCAAAAGGCCAAGCAGGAGAUGGCCCGGCAGCUGCGUGAGUACCAGGAGCUCAUGAACGUCAAGCUGGCCCUGGACAUCGAGAUUGCCACCUACCGCAAGCUGCUGGAGGGCGAGGAGUGCAGACUCACUGGGGAAGGUGUCGGACCUGUGAACAUCUCCGUGGUCUCCUCCACCGGGGGCACAGGCUACAGUGCGGGCGGCGGUGGCCUCUGUGUGGCCGGAGGCGGCUACAGCAGCAGCCUAGGCUAUGGCGGGGGCAGCAGCUUCAGCUCCACCAGUGGCCGCAGCAUGAGCGGCAGCAGCUCCAGUGUGCGCAUCAUCUCCAAGACGUCGUCCACCAAGAAGAGUUACCGGAGCUAAAGAGCCCUGCGCACCUCGGCUGCCCCGUCAAGGCCCCUGAUGCCCAGCCCUAAGGCCUGCCGCUUUGCUGAUACCCCAUGCACACUAUCAACACCCAGAGGCGAGGGGAGUGGCCUGUGAGUUCUAAGGUCACCUUGUCCAUCCCUCUGUCCCCAGACUGGUCCCCACAGAGGUAUCCCCCCCUUGCCCCUCAUCCUAGAUCCAUCCAGGGUCCCCAGGCAUCCAAUCCAACUAAUGCUGACUCAAUCGCUCUGUGCCAAGACCUGGGCUGGGACUUUGCUUGUCAGUGGCUUCCAGAGCAAGGGUGAAAUAGGGUCUUCCUCUCCCCAACAGAGCCGGAUCUACUGCACCCACACUCCUUUACGGGGUAGGGGUGAGUUUAGGAUUGAACUUGGUGCCCCCAAAGAAGUUGAGUGUAAUCUAGGCCAGAGUCCACACGUGUGUGCUCUCUCACCGCACACAGAACCCUCUCCUCCAGGCCCCCUCACACCAGGGAAUGUUGCCAACCUGGCCGGCAUAUUGUGUCCUCACCUCCUUCUUGUCCCCUCCCAGCCCCCAGCCACUUCCCCUGAGAACUCCUACCAUCAGAAUAUUGGAAUAAGAAAUCAACACCACACAAAAUAUUACCAACUCAAUCAUUCGUGCUAGGAUAGAAUAGUUUUAUCAAGAACCCCAAAGCUCUCCAUGGCCCGGGACUAUGUUCCCUGAUCGUUCAGAGCCAAAUGCCUUCCAAAUUGGCCUCAAUGAAGCCAAUAUUAGAAUUACCGCCCCACACAGAACUGCCCUGCUGCUGAGUGGGAGGGAGGCAGGCUCACACCAGGCCAUGGGAAGGCAGCUAGGCAGAAGAUACCCCAGGUAAGGGAGCCCAAUUAGCCUGUGUUAGAACUGCCCUUGGAGAAUUCCCCUGCGGAAUAAUCCUCCGGGCUCAGGAGUCUUUCUCCUUCCUCUGUGGUAGCCAUGUCUCUUUUCUGGAAAGUUCUCUGUCCUUCUUCUUUUUCUCUUUCCAACUUCUCACCCACCCUCUUUCCUUGUUCUACUCCUCCUCCCCCAGCCUGUGU